UCCUCCCCCCACCCACCCACCCCCAUCACCACCACCAGCCUCCCAGCUGCGUCCGCCGCUGUCCCGUCCUGUCUGGCCGCCCUCCCGCCCGGUGUCUGCUCCACGCUCUACCCCGCUCCCGUCCCGGACCCGAAGCCUUUGCCUCCUCGUUCACCAACCCCGGCUCCCGGUCCACCCUUCUUCUCCACCCCUCCCGGUGAAUGCACCACCAGCGCCGUGAAACAUGACUGGCAUCGCCGCCGCUUCUUUCUUCUCCAACUCCUGCAGGUUCGGGGGCUGCGGUCUCCAGUUCGAGUCUCUGGCCGAGCUCAUCGUCCACAUCGAGGACAAUCACAUCGACACAGAUCCACGGGUUCUGGAGAAGCAGGAGCAACAGCAGCCCACUUACCUGGCCCUCAGCUACAUCAACAGGUUCAUGACGGACGCAGCGCGCCGCGAGCAGGAAACCGUGAAGAAGAAGGCCACACCCAAGCUGUCCCUGUCCAUCACCGGUGGACUGUCCAGGAAUACCACGGCCACGCCCCCCCGCCACACCAGCGGUAACCUGACGCCUCCCGUCACGCCUCCCAUCACCCCUUCCUCCUCAUUCCGCAGCAGCACGCCUACAGGCAGCGAGUAUGAUGAGGAGGAGGUAGACUACGAGGAGUCGGACAGCGAUGAGUCGUGGACCACAGAAAGCGCCAUCAGCUCCGAGUCCAUCCUGAGCUCCAUGUGCAUGAACGGGGGAGAGGAGAAGCCCUUCGCCUGCCCCGUCCCCGGGUGCAAGAAGAGAUACAAGAACGUGAACGGUAUCAAAUACCAUGCCAAGAACGGCCACCGCACGCAGAUCCGUGUGAGGAAACCCUUCAAGUGUCGAUGUGGCAAAAGCUACAAGACCUCACAGGGCCUGAGACACCACACCAUCAACUUCCACCCCCCCAUCUCCACCGAGAUCCUCCGCAAGAUCCAAGGCUAGAGCCGGAGGUGCCCCUGACACGGCCCGGUCCCCACCCGCCCCUCACACUAACGCAUCAAGUGCAUGCUUUAAGUUCUUUUGUUUGUGUUUUAUUUGUCCUGCAUUAUUUUUAUUACUAUUAUUUUCUAUCCAUAUCACUUGUAUUUCUGAGAAAAAAAAAGUAUCUUUGUAGUAUUUUAUUGACGUACCUUUGCACAUUUGUUUAUGCUAUCAUUUAUUUUCCUCUAUGGUUUAACUGACAUAAGGUGCUAACGGUAAAAAACAGACAGAAAAGACAAAAAAACAAAGAGAAAUGUAAGAAGUGAAACAGGAAGUGAUUUUUCUUUGACCUGCUGGUCUGGGAGCAGGGUGGAGCCCACGGAGGCUCCCGGUCCGCUCCAGGCAGCGAGCUGAGGUCUGUGCCUUCACCCAGAAUUAAGUUAAUAAAUAUAUUAGUAUAUAAAACAAUAGAUAUGUAUGUGUACAUAAAAUAUAAAGUAUUCAUGAGCUUAUUCAUAAAUAGUUGCUUUAUUUUAUACAUAUAAAUAUAUAUUCAGUGUCUAGGUGUAGUAUUUUGUUUUUGUCCAGUCUGACGGGCAAACAGCUGGUUUGUUGUUUUCUCACACUUCACAUUAGGAGGUGAUGUCAUUUACUGUUGGACACACACGCGCGUGUGUGUGUGUGUGUGCGUGUUAUCGUACUGUUGAUCAACAAAGCCGUGCCAGAUUUCACCAAACUAAGCUUCAUGAUGUAUUCCAGUUGCCAAGAUCUUUGUUUUUAUUCCAUGAUGGUUGCCAACAGCUCUCCACUGCCAAACACUGAUCAUGUGCCUGAUGGGGGCUGGGGCUUUCCUAGAGACGGGGUUGUUCUCCCCACGCCUCUGGAUGUAGGCCAGCAGAAUGUCUUCAUGCAUGUUUUCUGAACAGGAGGUUGUUUUUGUAUUGAAGAGAUCUACGACUUGUCUUCUCUCUCUGUGUGUGUGUGUGUGUGUGUGUGUGUGUGUGUGUGUGUGUGUGUGCGCGCGCAUGUGUGUGUGUGUGUGUGUGUACAGCAGCUUUCCACUUUGUUGUGUGUUUUCAGCAGUAUCUUCAUCAGCCUAGAGUAUUGGUGUGUGUUCAGGGUUUCUGAUGUUAUGAUGUGUUGGCCAUCAUAGGAGCUGCAGCUGCAGCUAAUCCCUCUAAUCUAGACUUUAUAAUCCACUCAAGGCUCCCAGCCAUUGCUCCUUUUGUCUGACGGUGAAUAUGCUGACAGGCGCACACCCUCCGCUGCUUCUGUGUCUGGCUGGUGCUGCAAACGGAGCUAAAGCAUCAGAGGAGGAGAGGAGCGGAGGCUGUGCGCUCCGGGGGGGGGGGGG